UUCAUCAACAUAUAUAUAGUCGUUUCUCUUUUCCUCUCAUUCUUCCUAACAAACUACCUCCUUUAUUUUCUUUCUCCAUUUUUCCCUUCGUUUCUUUCGUCCCAAACAAAGACCAAGAAAAUAUUCAACUCCAUAAACACCACAAUCGUGUCUUUUCAAUAGGGAAAAAACUGGGAUUAAUCCAGGCUAUCUGAUCAAGAUCCAUAAAAAGGAAAUUAAAACCAUGGCGGGUCGUUGUUUUCACGUUGCAUGGAUCUUCUUCUCCUUGUUUUAUCUCUUCUUCCUUCCUUCUCAUUGCUUCUACCUCCCUGGUGUUGCCCCUGAAGAUUUCAAAACGGGGGAUCCAUUGUUGGUGAAAGUGAAUAAGAUAAGUUCAACUAAAACACAACUUCCUUAUUCCUACUAUUCAUUGCCCUAUUGUCAGCCUGAUCACAUAGUUGACAGUGCAGAGAAUCUUGGGGAAGUCCUUCGUGGUGAUCGAAUCGAAAACUCUCCUUACACGUUUAUAAUGAGAGAAUCACGAAUGUGCAAUGUUGUAUGUCGUAAAGUUCUUGAUAAAAAAGCUGCAAAAGCUUUCAAAGAGAAGAUAGAUGAUGAAUAUCGUGUUAACAUGAUUUUGGAUAAUCUUCCAUUGGUUGUUCCUAUAAGAAGGCCUGAUGUUGAAAAUGCUGUAGUGUACCAGCAUGGUUUUCAUGUUGGUCUCAAAGGGAAGUAUGCUGGGAGCAAGGAAGAGAAACAUUUCAUUAACAAUCACUUGGCAUUUACAGUCAAGUUUCACAAGGAUCCAUUGACAGAAACUGCAAGGAUUGUUGGAUUUGAAGUCAAGCCAUUCAGUGUUAAACAUGAAUACGAGGGUGAGUGGAACACGAAGACCCGUCUUACGACCUGUGAUCCCCAUGCAAAACGUGCGGUAACGAGCUCUGAAUCUCCACAAGAGGUUGAAGAAAAGGAGAUCAUAUUCACAUAUGAUGUUGAGUUCCAGGAAAGUGAUAUAAAGUGGGCAUCUCGAUGGGAUACCUAUCUUCUGAUGGCUGAUGAUCAGAUCCACUGGUUCUCAAUUGUUAAUUCUUUGAUGAUUGUUCUGUUCCUGUCUGCAAUGGUGGCGAUGAUCAUGUUGCGAACUCUCUAUCGUGAUAUCUCCAAGUACAACCAACUCGAGACACAAGAAGAAGCUCAAGAGGAAACAGGGUGGAAGCUUGUCCAUGGUGAUGUUUUUCGGCCUCCAACAAACUUCGAUUUACUCUGUGUGUAUGUAGGAACAGGGGUUCAGUUUUUUGGUAUGAUUCUUGUUACAAUGAUCUUUGCUCUCCUUGGCUUCCUAUCACCUUCAAAUCGAGGUGGAUUAAUGACUGCCAUGCUUCUACUCUGGGUCUUCAUGGGCCUAUUCGCCGGAUACUCGUCGGCCCGGCUAUAUAAGAUGUUCAAAGGAGCAAACUGGAAGAGCAUCACACUCAAAACAGCUAUUAAAUUCCCUGCAACUGUCUUUGCCAUCUUUUUUGUCUUGAAUGCAUUGAUAUGGGGUCAGAAAUCCUCCGGUGCAGUACCAUUCGGAACCAUGUUCGCUCUCGUACUUUUAUGGUUCGGCAUCUCCGUCCCACUCGUGUUUGUGGGAAGUUAUAUCGGUUUCAAGAAACCUGUAAAAGAAGAUCCAGUGAAAACUAAUAAGAUCCCAAGGCAAGUCCCGGACCAGCCGUGGUACUUGCACCCUGCGUUUUCAAUCUUGAUCGGGGGCAUACUUCCAUUUGGUGCUGUUUUCAUUGAGCUCUUUUUCAUCCUAACAUCAAUAUGGCUGCAUCAAUUCUAUUACAUAUUUGGAUUCCUCUUCAUUGUCUUCAUCAUUCUUGUUGUCACUUGUGCCGAGAUCACAGUUGUUCUAUGCUACUUCCAGUUAUGUAGUGAGGAUUACCAAUGGUGGUGGAGAUCAUACUUGACUUCCGGUUCUUCGGCACUUUACUUAUUCCUCUAUGCUGCCUUCUACUUCUUCACAAAGCUCGAGAUCACGAAACUGGUAUCCGGAAUGUUGUACUUUGGCUACAUGUUGAUUGUGUCGUACGCGUUCUUCGUACUCACCGGUACAAUCGGUUUCUAUGCUUGCUUCUGGUUCACUAGGCUCAUAUACUCAUCGGUGAAGAUCGAUUGAAUCCGUUUUUCGUGCGACUCGAAUGAAAUUUGCGGGUUUAAUUCAUCAUGAGGAUGCUCAAAAAUCAAACCCCAAAACUGAAUCAGAAAUGCAGGACAUUCUUUUGCUAGUGGACUUCACCAAUUAAGUUUUGAAUAUUUUGAUCAUUGAAAUGGUUUAAUUUUUUUUUAGAUUUCUCCAUGGUAGUUCUUUGAUUAAUUUUUAGUUGUUAACUGAUUCCAUUACUGGUUUUGGACUAAAGAGAUUAUGAAGCAAUCUCUUUUUAGAAGUCAUUUUUCUUUUUGUCUAGAAAUUAAGGAAUUGUUGUAUUCAGAGUUGAUAGUCAUGUGUCAUCCUGCAAUUCUGUCAAUAAAGAAUUUUCAUAAUCUUCCAAUAAAGAAGAUGAUCAA